UCCCAACAUUUCUAUAUUGUUUUGCAAUGUGUACAUACGCUAAUUGCUAGUUUUAUUUUCCCACUCGUCCAGUUUCGGGUUGUUCGGUUCGGUCGCAGGCCAGACAGUAAGCUAGUUUGUGUAGUGUUGUAGCCUCCGCAUAGAAGUGCCGCGGUCGCGAAACGAGAGUAGAAAAAAAGUAGGUACACAAAACGAUGCACAGUUCGCGGCAGUAGUGGCAUCACCAUCAAACAAGAAUUACGGAAUACGUGUUAAUAGGAAUUCUGUUCCGGAAAUCAGGAGUCACAAAUUUUUAUCCAUUCAAAGUGUCCCGAAAACAGGUGCCUUUGCGGGUAGAAAGAAUUCUGGCAUGCAGGUGGGAAACUAGCGUCGCGUCCGCUACCAGCUUGCCUCGGUGGGUUCGAGAAGAAAAUCACUUCCGAAAGUUACUAUCGGUUGCUGUCUGUGGAGAGGUUCAACCUAGGUCAGCAAUAAAGCUGUGUGUUGUGUAUGUGAUUGUGAUAUUUGCCGUGUUGAUAAUGAUUUUGUGAAGAAAAAGCCAACGAGUUGUAAUAAUAUCCAUGAUUUGAGAAUACGUGCAAAUUUAGCAGAAAGCCGUUUCCACGGAAUGUGCGAUCGAAUGUCGAGCAGCAGCAGCAGCAACAAAGCAAAAUAAGCCGUGUGGGCAAUUAUUCAUCAUUAAUGCCGAUUCUACGGAUAAUUCGGCUUCUAUGUGCAGCGACCGCGAAAGCGACAAUUAUUCGAGUGCAUAACAACAACAUCACGGCCCGACGCUCGGAUUAUUGAGGUUUGAAGUAACAGCCGGAAGUGACUGCCGAUACCGAAGAUGCCGUUCAAGCUGAAGCUCAAAAAAUCGCGGCACUACAAUGUCAUGUCCAAGAGCUUGUUUGUGAUCUCCGUCGACCAUCUAGAUUCCUCCUCGAAGAUAGACUGCACACUCAGCUCGGAGAGCACCGGCCAAGAGUGUCUGGAGAAUGUGUGCCAGCGGAUAUCAAUCAGCCAGCCGGAGUUCUUCGGGCUUCGGUACGAAGUCAAGGGAAGUACGGCGGGCGAUAUGCGAUGGGUCGAUCUGGAUCGACCGAUCAGCCGACAGUUGGAGAAGUUUUCCGCCAACAUGAAGGUGCUCUACUUGAGGGUGAUGUACUACGUCCUGUCAGGGGUGAGUCUGAUAAAUGACGAAGGCACUAGGAACUACUACUUUCUGCAGCUGAAGCACGAUGUCGUGGAGGGGAGAAUUAACUGCGAUCCGAAGCAGGCGGUCAUUCUGGCGAACUAUAGUCGUCAGGCGGAGUAUGGUAACCACCAGGAUCGACAUACGGUCGACUAUUUGAAGACGCUGCUAUCUUUCCCACUGGAGAUGAUCAGGGCGGAUCUGUUGGAAACCCUGACGGAGGAGGUGAUACAUCAAGCUUAUGAGUUACACAAUGUGACUCAGGGGGCUGCGGAGAGUCUGUACAUUUCGGCGUGCCAACAGUUGGAUGGGUAUGGACAGGAGACAUUCGCUGCCAAAGAUGAGAACGGAGCAGACGUUACGCUGGGAAUCUCGGUAUCUGGGAUAAUAGUCGCUAGUGACGCAAACAAAUUCUACCCGUGGCGUGAUAUCAAGAACGUUUUGAAUCACAAGAAAUACUUCAACAUAGAGUGUUCGGAUCCGAACGAGAAUGUUAGGUUUACGGUUUCGGAUUCGACGACCGGUUCGUAUAUUUGGAGACUUUGUGCGAUGCAGCAUCGAUUUUUCGCCCGAUACGAGAAAAAUCAGACGCAAGCGAGUCAGUUGAAUUUGAAUCUUUUCCAGAACGAGAACUUGAAUGAUAGUAGAGAUGAUUUGUUGAACGAAACCCAAUACCAGAUGUCGCCUUUGGCGAUGGGACAGAUAAUGGGUUCUGCGAACUGGCAAAGCAGCAAUGAGCUAGCGAAUCAUACGAGCGUGUGGAAUAAUGCUGGAUCGAGGUCAAAGUUGAUAGUGGAAUCACAACACUCGCCACAUAUGGCUUCCAGCACGAAUAUUGGUAGUGUAGGUAACUUGAACAAUAAUAGUCUUAUGAAUGCCAAUGCCAAUGUAAUGCAGUCACGAUCGUCACUGCAAGCGUCUACGUUGGAUAUUAACCUGAACUCGUCAACUUCAGUGCCAUUGGAAUAUUCGAAUCACGGUUCGAACUGGGCUAUCAACCCAGCUGGUUCGAACGCAUCGCUCAUCAAUCGAGCACAAAGCUCGUCAUGUCUAGAUUUAAGCAAUAAUAAUGUUAGUCAAGAUCGAGAACGUCUUAAAGCGCUCCUUCCAACAUAUCGACCCGCUCCGGAUUACGAAACUGCUAUACAACAGAAGUAUCGAAACAGCACUAACGAUGUUCGAUUGAGCAACGGAAAUCUUUUGCACCUAUCUGCGUCCCAAAUGCUGGCUCAAGAUCAAGGCCAUUUAGAUUACAAUAUAACCGGCAGCCAACCCGAUGUUUCCUACUUUAAUCAAUCGAUCCAGCAUCAACCCACCAUCCAUCAGCAGUUAUACCCGGACGUCACUCAUCACACAACCACUCACCACCUAAUCGGCCCGCACUGUUCGGAUGCUUCCGAUUAUGGUUUAACGCAUCGGUUCAAAAUGAUGAGAUUAGUAAAACCUCCCCCUUCAUAUCCCGCGAAUCGUUUAAGCUCGACAUCAACUCCAGAUUUAGCGUCGCAUCGUGCCCUUCUGGGAUAUCGAGGCUUUCACGUGUCCGGUUCUAGUCCUGAUUUGGUUUCAACCCGUCCAAUGGUGAAUCCUCACCACGCUCAACUCAUGCAAAUGUCGCAAAACAAUCAGAUAUUAUACGCGGGGACCCAUCAGCUGCGCCACUCGCAGAACAUUGUACCGCAUGGAACGUACGAGAAUCUUAAUUUUGUCGAACCUACAAAACCAGGAAUGCUUCCACCCACCCAAGGUGGGAAUCUUAUCUAUUACAUGCCAAGGGAGGUGGAACAUCUGCUGAUCACCGAUGGGACUCAGUUUCAUAACGGGGCAAUAGGCAUCAACCAAAAAUCUCAUCUCAAUCGCUCCUCACAACACAUCAAUGGGUCCAUAGAACCUAUCUACGAAAACGUUCCACUUCCUUGGAAGAACGAGAACGAAUUGUCGGGCGAAAUACGAAAUCGUACUGCAAGUGUACAAUCCGCUCCAGGGAUAACCCGGAAUGGUCAAGAACAUCAAAUGGCAGUUGCUCAACCGUCUCCACGUUUCACCUCUCCGGAGAGUAAUGUGCGCUCAGUUCCCCAACCGCAACCCCGAGCCGAAGCAACAAACCACACAAUCACGACGAAGGAAACUUUCACGAUUCCCUCCAACCAGCCUCCGCCGCUGCCAAAUCCGCCCACACCCGUUCCAUCCGCCCCGGAAGCCAUGAAUCGAUCGCACUCCACCAAUAUACUCGACUCGUCCGCCUACUCCAACUACACAAUGGACACCACGCAUUCCGUGGCUCAUCUUUCCUCGAGUACCGGAACCAGCAAUAUGAACCAUAAAAAUGCACACGGAAGCGGUCACAACGAUUCUGGCAUCAGUUCGGUAACCGCCCUGUCAUCGCACGCGGGAAGUCAAAAUGUCAGCGUGUCCACCAGCAGCACCUCGAGCACAUCGGUGAAGGAAACGAAGCGGAGAAAAAUUUGGGAUAUCCUAGGGGGGAGAUCGAAGAACUCGGCGGACAAGCAGAAAAGUGCCACCCUAGGGCGGGAGAAGGAUAGGAAAAAUAAGGCCACCACCGUGGUAGGGGGAUCUGGUUCCAAGCCGUCCAGCGGUGGGAGCGCAAACAGUUCCAUCAACGAGGGCGUGAAACAUCGAUGGUCUACGGGAAUGCCGCGGCAGCAACCGCUGCCCGCCAACAUCAGCAAGGAGAAGUUGUCUUCACUGCUGGAAACAAAACUAGCGGAUCCGCAGCUGUACUGUGAGUUCGAACGGAUACCAAAGCGCAAUGAUAACGCCAAAUACGACUGCGCCCUGGCCGAUGAGAACAAAAACAAAAACUUUGAUCCCAAUUUCCUGCCAUACGAUAACAACCGAGUUCGACUGACGCCCAUGAGAGAUAAUCGGAUGGGUUAUGUGAAUGCGUCCCAUAUAACGAGUACGGUUGGCAACAAGCAGAGGUUCUACAUAGUGGCAGAAAGUCCGAACGAUGCCGUAACUACGAACACCUUCUGGCAGUGCGUCUGGGAGGCGGAUGUAUAUCUAUUGGUGCAACUUUCCACCGAACUCAGCUACAUCCCGCAGACUAGCGAGCGCUGCCUAGAGUAUGGACAGUAUCAAGUGUGGCGAGAAUUUUCCCAGGAAACGGAUCGCUGCACCACCUCCAAGCUGCGGGUGUACCACACACAAAGCCGUCGCUACAGAUCCGUUUGGCACAUAUCGUAUCGAGAAUGGGGCGAUCAAAACUGCCCCCGGGAUGUGGGUCAUUUUCUAGGAUUCCUGGAGGAACUCAAUUCUGUACGCUUGGCAUCGGUAGCGGAAGUUCCGCCGUCCCACAACACCAACCCACCGGUUCUGAUUCACUGCAAUGAAGGAGGCGGCCGAACGGGAGUCACAUUGAUCGCUGAUUUGCUCAUGUACACACUGGACCACAACCAGGACCUGGACAUACCGCGGUUAAUCGGACAGAUUCGUAUGCAGCGUGAUAAUAUUAUUCCUUCCCUCGCGCAAUAUAGAUUCAUCCACACGUUGCUCAUUCAUUAUUUGAAGCAGACGCGACUAAUCUAGUAGCGGUACUCUACGGGUGCCCCACCAACGAAUACAACCGCAAGUUAGGUUCGAGAUGCUUUGUUCGUUUUUUUUUGUUUGUUUUAUUUAAUUUUUUUUUCUAAUCCACCAUUCUCUCGAGGAAGUAGGGAACAAAACAAAAGCGAAAACUACCGAAAUUUAUUUAUUUUGAUAAACCGUUGUAUGUUAGCAACCUUAAAAGUAUUGUUUUCGGUAGUAUCACCCGAACGAGAAUUGUAAAGUAUUUUUAUACCUUUUAUAUGAACGAACCAGUUUUUUUUUAGAAGAUAGGUAGGGCGGAAAUUGCACAUAGUACAGAAAACAAAAUAUCGUGCCUUACGAAAGCGUAAACAAGAAUGAACUGAAAUCAAAUUAACGUGAUGCCAAACGCCACCAAUGUUCGGUUGUUUGUAUAUAAUUGUUUGAAACGAAGCCAUUUUACGUAGCAAUUUUCGAUGAUCCUAAAUACUGCUGUUUUUUUAAACGAAUGUUUACGAUGAGAUCGAGGGAGUGUUGAAUUUUUGAACAAACAAGUAUUUUAUUGUAUUUACUGCUGCGGCUAUUUUAGAAGACGAUAUAGAUUUGUUUAAAGAAUCAGACGAUGGCUCAAUAUAUGCUAGCAACUUUGGGAAACUUUUAACGAGUGAAGCGAACGGAUUAUAGUCGAA